AUGUUCUCGUUGAAUUCCUAUCCACGAUUUAGGUCCUCGCUUCCCAAGGCUAUACCGCUCUCUAGCAGAACUCAGAUAGAAUGUAUGGAUAGCGGUCUUCGUUCUGUUGCUGGUGCGAAGCAUAUCAUCGAGCUCAUACUUUCGCGUCGAACGGUUACAAAACUCAUCCUGGGCAAUAAUGCACUCUCAGAUGAUGGUUGUAUCCUCCUGUUCACUUUUCUGAGCUCCCCUCUUGGCCGUAGAUACCCUAUCUCGGAGAUAAGCCUCAAUGCAAACAGAAUCGGUGAUCGAGGGCUCGCAGCUAUUGCUGCGUACCUGGUAGAGAAUAUCACUCUUACUGAGCUGUUUCUUCAAGACAACUUAUUCACUUCCGACUCCAAUACUGUGAUCCAGUUUACGCACGCCAUUAACCAGUCCCGUCUCCGUGUUCUUUCACUCACUAACAAUCGCUCACUCAACGAUGAUUUCUGUCGGCUGCUCUUUCCCGCCCUUUGCUCUCGUUAUCUCUGCGAGUUACAUCUUUCGGCUAUUGGACUGACACAUCGUUCUGCGUCAUUUAUCGCGGAAUAUAUCACCUCUGCCGGUAGAUGUCGCCUACAAAUUCUUAAGUGCAAUGGCAAUAAUCUGGAAUUUCGUGGAGUACGGAAAAUCAUACGCGCCAUCGAGAGGGCGAACUUUGGGCUGACUGUAGUUGAACUGUACUCGAAUAACGUCACAUCCGGUCGGGAUAGCGAGGAUACUGACGACGAUCUUAACGGGCAGACACAGACUUAUAGUCCAGAUGCGUGGAAGAACACAGAAGGGCUGCUCAAGCAAGUCCUUGGACGAAAUUCUCAUCUGAAGAAGGAGACCUGGAGAGAGGCGUUGCAGCUUCUGGUCUACUCGCGGGCAAUCCUACUCCAUUCUAAGGAUCCUUUCAAUUACGACGACUUUGCUCACUCCUCGGUUGAUACCGCGGGCUUUCCGUUCAGGCAUCUUCCAAUGGAGAUUCAAUUAUACGUUCUGUCUUUUCUUUCUCCUACUCUCUCUUCUUCCCAACGGGCUAGAAUCUACACCUACGCUUCUUCUUCGUCCACUCUACCUCCCCUGCUACCCUCACUGUCCGGUUCCUCUACCAGCUCAGCAGAACCUGCUGUUUUCUCCAUGUGCGUUCCAGAUCCUUCGGUAACUAUGGGCAUCACUGUAAACCUGCGUGCGUCUCCGGUUUGGGCUUUAAAUACGUUUGGAGAUGGUGGAUGUGCGCCAGGGAAAUGUAUGGGUAAGAAAAGCUUACUCUGUCAUCUUGAAAAGCGCAGAACAGCUUGGCUGGAGCAAGUCGGAUGUUUGACGUAUGAUCCAGUGACGGAGAUGGUUUAA